UGCUGGGAUGGGCCGGUGUUGGCAGAACGCAGUCUGAUUCGCUGUUAGCGUCUCGCACACAUGAGCCUGAUCCUCCUCUGUCCAUCAGUGCAUCUGUCCGCUUACAAGUAGUCGGUGCUCGAUUGGUUUCGUCUGGAGAAACCAUGGCAGACCGAGAGGAUACUGUUGCAAUUCCUGAUCUCAGAUGCCUUCUCCAAAUGGACCCUAACCUCAAAAGCUACGAGAAGGACUUCAGGAGGAGGUAUGAGCUGCUACAGAAGCAGCUUUUGCGGCUGGAAGAGGCAGAGGGAGGCUUCGAGAGGUUCACGUGCAGCUACAAGACCUUCGGUGUGCAGCGACAGCCUGACAACAGCCUGUUUUUUCAAGAGUGGGCUCCAGCUGCAGAGGCCCUCUUCCUCACCGGGGACUUCAAUGGCUGGGAGAAAUUCUCGCACCCCUACACCAAGAAACCAUUUGGCAAGUGGGAACUGAUUCUGCCGCCCAAGCAUGACAAGUCUCCAGCUGUGGAUCACAACACCAAACUCAAGGUGGUAGUUCACACCAAGGAUGGUAGCCGGCUGUACCGCAACUCGCCCUGGGCCAAAUAUGUGAACAGGGAGGAGGGAUCUGUGAUCUACAACUGGGUUCACUGGGACCCCCCACAGCCCUACACUCCAAUCCACCCUCGGCCAAAGAAGCCCACAAGCCUGAGAAUAUAUGAGGCCCACGUAGGCAUCGCUUCAUCUGAGGGAAAGGUCGCCUCAUACACCAACUUCACGACCAAUAUGCUGCCUCGUAUAAAAGACCUGGGUUACAACUGUAUUCAGCUGAUGGCCAUCAUGGAGCAUGCCUACUAUGCCAGCUUUGGAUAUCAGAUUACAAGUUUCUUUGCUGCUUCCAGUCGGUACGGUACCCCAGAGGAGCUGAAGCACAUGAUUGACGUGGCCCACUCGAUGGGCAUAGUGGUGCUGCUGGACGUCGUCCACAGCCACGCCUCCAAGAACACCGAGGACGGCCUGAACCGCUUUGAUGGCUCCGACUCGUGUUUCUUCCACUCCCCCCCCAGAGGGGACCACAGCCUGUGGGACAGCCGCCUCUUCAACUACUCCAGCUGGGAAGUGAUGCGUUACUCCUCAGGCUCGGGCUUCUCAGGGGACUACAGUGAGUACUUUGGCCUACAGGUGGAUGAAGAAUCGUUGGUUUACCUGAUGCUUGCCAAUCACAUUCUUCAUACCCUUUAUCCUGACUGCAUCACUGUUGCAGAGGAUGUGUCGGGGAUGCCUGCUCUCUGCAGAGGAGUGGAAGAGGGAGGAAUUGGUUUUGAUUACCGACUGGCUAUGGCCAUUCCUGAUAAGUGGAUUCAGAUCCUGAAGGAGUUAAAGGAUGAGGACUGGGACAUGGGCAAUAUCGUCCACACACUGACCAACAGGCGCUAUGGAGAGAAAUGCAUAGCCUAUGCAGAAAGUCAUGAUCAGGCUCUGGUUGGGGAUAAGACUCUGGCCUUCUGGUUGAUGGACAAGGAGAUGUACACCAACAUGAGUUCCCUGAUUGCCAUGACACCUGUCAUCGACCGCGGCAUACAGCUUCAUAAGAUGAUCCGCCUCCUCACUCAUGGGCUGGGUGGAGAAGGCUACCUCAACUUCAUAGGGAAUGAGUUUGGCCACCCUGAGUGGCUGGAUUUCCCUAGAGAAGGGAACAAUCAGAGUUACCACUACGCCCGGCGGCAGUUUAACCUACUGGAUACGGAUCACCUCCGCUACUCUCAGCUCUACGCCUUUGACCGGGACAUGAACCGGACCGAAGACAAGUACGGCUGGCUGGCUGCCCCCCCUGCCUUUGUCAGCGCCAAGCAUGAAGGGGACAAGGUGAUCGUGUUUGACAGGGGGAACGUGCUCUUUAUCUUCAACUUCCACCCCAGUAAGAGCUUCCAGGACUACAGGGUGGCUGUGGACGUCCCAGGGAAAUACAAAAUCAAGCUGGAUUCAGAUGAGGCUCUGUAUGGAGGUCACGGACGGCUGGACCACAACACAGAGUUCUUCACAGAGGCCCAGCCCUUCAACGGUCGCCCCAACUCCAUGAAGGUCUACAUCCCCUGCAGAACAGCUAUUGUCCUGGCCAACGAGGAGAUAGAUUACUGUUAUUAGAGGAUGAUUGUCUCCACGGAGACCAGGAUCGAGAAUGGAUUCCAACGUCAAACUGAGUGUUAGCAAUCACCUUCAUCUUAAAGUCUCAACCUUGCUCACCACCCAGAUCCACUUUUGGUGUCUUUUUCUUUAAAUGGGGGUAAAAAUAUACAUUUAAAACCAACCCGUUGUAAGCUUGUGUGUGCUUUCAGACACCAUCUGCAACUUUAGAAGCUGUGUAACCCCAUUUGCUACGGAUUGGUCCAUUUGGGAAGCGUCCAACCUAACCAGCAGCUAGAUGCUAAAAGUUAAAGCCCUGCCGAGUCCAUCCAGCGCUAGCCAGCAGCCAUUUAUAGGCUCUGUUGAAUUUGGCGUGUCAUCUGAAACACAUGACCGGCGCCUGUGGCAGAUGGAAGCAAUACAACAAGCAUUCAGACUCGAUAGAAGCUUAGACAAAAUAAGAAUACUUUUGAAGAACAUGUAUGUUGAAAUAAUUGCACUUGGUUUAAUUAUUUUGUAUUUAAAUACAGAUUACAUUAUUGUGUCAGAGUAAUAAUAAUAAUACCGUAUUACCAGCACUUGAAAAUCCAAACGUCCAGGUAUUUAUUCACUGCUGAUCCAUUUUCUUUUUGUUAAUUUCCGUUUUGGGACAUUGUCUAUAUAAAGAUAAUAAUAAUAAUAAGCAAUUUGCACAAAGUAAUAAGCUGCUUUGAAUUAUUAUACUGUUAAUGGGUAUCUAAAACAGAUGUGUUGUAAUGUUUGAAUUUAUGCAGCUACUGAGAGCAUUUCCGGGGUUAUUUAUGGCCCUGUUAUUUGCAGCCAGUAAUUUGGAGCUAAAGCAAAGUGAUAAAAUCACCUAAUUUGGAUUGUUCAUAACGUGUUGCAUAAUGCACAAGUAACAUUUCUAUCUGAAUUACACAGUUUUCUUUCCACUUAAAAAAACACAAUGCAUGGUUUUCUCCCAUUGAAGUAGUUUAUGUUGUGUAUUUUGCCGAACUCUGCUGAAUUCUACUAAAAUAAGUUGAUACUGAUGAUCAACACAUCUUUCUGUGUGGGUCGUGCAGGUAUGACUCACACGCCUGACUACUUCGAGAUGAUUUGUGUGCACCAUCUUCAUUAGGUACUGUAGCAUUGCCCUGAGAUUUAUGGCAGACGUUCCAGGAACACAGAAUGUCUAAAUUCGUACAAUGUGCCCCUAAACAAUUAGCUGGGACUUUUGUUUCAACACAUUUCAUGAUUAAAUAUCUCAAAGAACAGCUGCGUCGCUCAUCCUGUGUUUGCCCAAGCUGCUAUCUGAAAAGGUUAUCAAUAAAACAAACGGGAAUGAACCGAGGAACUUGGCUGAUGAUGGGCGACUUCUGAACUCUCAUUCAGUCAGCGUGUCACUAGAAUGCUCUUUCAUACAAGAUGUAUUAUCUUUUGAGGUUAUGUUUAGCAAAUGACUGUGAUAAUGGGCUGUUUCCAGGCUUUAUGUUCUCUCGGUGUUACCAUGUGAAUGGGUGUCUUUGAACAACUUUAAGCUUUCUCUUGCACGUUUUCUAUCAAAGUGAUACUGUUAUAAGUGAAAGAAGGGCUGAUUUGGGGCAUUCCAGAUAAAAGCUAAUGCGUUGAUUUACUGCCAUGGAUGCUGUAACUGUGUGAUCCACACCUACAGCAUCCGUACACAUUCGCUGCCGUUUAAGCGGCGUAUUGUAGCGUGUGGCAGGUUUUGAUCUGCCUUCCCCUGCAGCUGAAGAAAACAAAUUUAAAUUCAAGACCAUCAUGCCGUGUUUAUCCAAAAGUAUCAUGAACAUGUCAUUUCUUUUUGCGUAACACCAUUUAAAAAUGCCUUCCUCUACUUCUCAAAAAGCACAGAGAGGAUCUCUUUGCAUAAAUUGCGAGCAACGAGCUUGUGUGACUGAAGUGAAGUGUUUAAUCAUCCCUCAUCUGACCCAAUGUCAUUGUCGUUUUACCGUUGCCAAAAUGAAUUGUCUGCAUUUGUUCUCAAAAGUAAAAUUGAAGUCUGAUACAUAGUAA